GUACAAACUAUUUUUUAUUUUUUUAAAAAAGGAAACGUAAAAAAUAAGGAAAAAUUAAAUCCUUACAUAAAUAAACCUUAUAAAAAAAAUUCUUUAGAAACAAUUUAUAAUUUUUUAUUAGAGGAAGAAAAGGAUAUUCUACAUUACUAUGAUGAAGCAUCUAAAACUUUGAAUUUAGAUUUAAGUGACGAAAAUAAGGAAAGAAUGCUCUUCUAUAAUUUAAUAAAUAACAAAGAUACUGCAAAUAAUUUAUUCUCUCUUUACAAAACCCUUAUGAAAUUAAUCGGAGGUUUAUUUAUUAAAAAACAGUUAACCAUUAUUAUGGAAGUACGCAAAUCAUUAUUCAGUAUAAGUUCAUUAAGAGGAAAAUGUAUUUCACAUAAAACAAAAAAUAUUUUAAAUAAAGAACAACAGUCAAAUUUGCUCUCUCAAAUAGAAAAAGAAAAAUGUAAAAUGGAAAAAAUUAAGCUUAAUAUAAGAAAUUUAUAUUUAUUGGUUACUACAAAAGAUGAUAUAAAACGUAUUCAAGUAUCAAGUUAUUUAAUAAAUAAAAUAAAUGGAAUUAUAUCAAUUUUACGUUUCAUUUGUAAAAUAACAUAUAAAGAUAAUGAUAAAACUGGUCUUAAUCAAAAAAAAGAAGCUGGUAUGGAAAAUAUGUUGCUUGCACUAUAUUAUGCCAACCAAAGGCUUUUAAAGUUUACUGAAAAUGAAACCCAAUAA